CAAUUGCAGAAUUUCCCGCUCGUCAAUACAAAUAAAUAUCGGACGCUUUAUUCUCAUUAUUAGCUUCCUCUUCACACCAUCUAUAUAGUGUCUAAUAACAGCAGCAGAAUCUAUCGAAAACAAUGGAAGCAGAGAUUAUUAGAAUUAAUAAUAAUCAUAAUAAGAAAAGGAGCAGCAGAAAGCCAUUGGCAGAUUGCACAAACUUUUCACCAUCGUCCUCAACAUCAUCGACUAAAAAUAUUCCUUCUUCUUCUUCUUCUUUUAAGAAACCACCCCUUCUCUCCUUUUCUCUUCAUAAAUUCCCAAACACCAAAAACAAACCUCGAUCCACCCCCUCCCACAAGACCCCUGCUUCCAAAUCCGCCGCCGUUUCGCCCCCGACACCUUCUCACCCACCUGAAUCCUCUCCUCUACCUGGAAGUUUUGGUGAUGAGAUUUUCGAGCCGCAUUCAGUUUACACUCGGAGACAGUCUACCGAAGGUAAAAGGAAGAGUAAAGGGAGGGCAAGUUUCACUUCUGCACCGAAGACCGAAUUCGCCUCGUAUAAAAUGAAUGAUGCUGGAGUUACUUGUCCAUCCAAGUCUUUGGCAGUGCGUCGCAAAAAGAAACGAUGUGGGGCACUGUCUGAUGGAGAUGAGAAGAAGCAUGCCCUGCCACAGGAUUUUAUUGAGCAGCAGAGAGCUUACUUUGCAGAAAUUGAUGCAUUUGAACUCUCAGAGGAGGAGGUUGGUUCAAGUAAUGAGUUGGACUGAUUGGAUCGAGAUGGAGAGUAUUCUACACUAUAGGAUGAGCUAUCAAGUCAGACUAACCAUGAAUUUUCAUAUGUAUAAGUAGAAUAGUUUAAUACUCAUGUUCUCUUGUAAAUGCCUCCUAACUCGUGUGCUUGACAAUGUUUGGGUGUAGUUUAAUGCACGGAAAAUCCUUGGGCGAAAGAUUAUGUCUUUCCAUAGAAAAAUGUUGAAGGAAAUGAACUUGGAUAGAUUUCUCUGCAAUUUUCCAAGUUCUAUUUUGCAGGGAGUAAAAUUUACGGGUAAUGAGUUUCUGUUUACAAGAUUUGUAAAUGUUAUGCAUUUAUUUCAUUUUGCUGGCCAUUUGAGUUUCU